GGCUGUGUGUUAUCAAGGCACUUGUCUGUUGACGUUGAUUCGUGAAAUCUUCGCCUCCCUGCAUUACAAACCGUCCUGUAUUUCAUGUAUUUUUACCUUGUGACAAUGAAGCCACUCUAGAUUAUGCGUGAAGGACGUGGAGGGGGGACAUCCUUAAGCAGGAACUAUCACACGUUCACUGAUGGAGAGGAAAAGCCACUACGACUCGAUUCUGGACAGAAGCAACCGCAUCACGUGGCAGGGGGAUUGCUAUGUGGAUCUUCAAUCCUUUGCCCCCCGCAGUCCCUCCACCAAGGGGGAAUCAGAGAGUAGAGAUUCUGACUGGAUCCACAAGCAUCUACAGCAGCUGCAGCGAUUCAUGACCUCCUCUUUGCUGGGGGAGGCGCUAUCUUACCUGAGGAAGAUGGAUCUGCUGAGUGCAACCGAGGAGGCCCAGGUCCAAACAGCUGGACAGCUGUCAGACCGGGUUUCCGCCCUCACAAACAUCCUCACCAGCAGGGACCCACAAGGAUCUAAUACCUUCCAAGCCUUCAUAGAGAACUCUGAUUCCCAGGUGUCCCAGCUGAUCAUCAUGCAUGACCCCAUGGUGAAGAAGCAUAAGGAGGAGCUACUACAGCGCAUGGAGCAACACAGAGACUGGGACUUGGUCAGCCAGCCAGGCCUGAAUGUCUCCUCUCGAGCCUUGCUCCUGGUUGAUGGGCUGUCUGACCUACAGCAGAAGGAACAUGACCUCAUGCAGGUGGAAGCUAUCCGGGGAGGAAUGAGGAACCAUAUCAGGCAGCUGGACCUCUGCAAACUCCUGGAACCUCUGACUCGAGUCAGCCUUCCUCCCAGAGUCUCCCUCACUGUGGGGGUGGCUGGUAUCGGUAAGACUACCCUGGUCCGACACUUUGUCAAGCAGUGGAGCCAAGGAUCCGUCUGCACGGAUAUCAGCUUUGUCUUACCUUUUGCCUUCUGUGAGUUCAACUCAACUGAGAAGCUUUCAGUUGAGAGGUUGGUGAAGCUAGCUUUCCCACAUUUAACAGACCCUUGUCUGGUCCUGAGCAGUGCUUGUCGGACGUUGCUGAUAUUCGAUGGUUUAGAUGAAUUCCGAUGUCCUUUGAACUUCUCUGAUGCAACCAUCUGCACUGACCCCAAAAAAGAACUGUCUGUCGAUGAGUUAGUCACCAACAUCAUCCGUGGGAAUCUGCUCCCCAAGGCAGCAGUGUGGGUGACAUCCAGACCAGGAGUGGCCUCAGUCAUCCCCGGAGGACUGGUAGACAGGGUGACUGAGAUCCCAGGUUUCAGUCCAAAUGACAUCCAGCUAUUCCUAAACCACUACUUUUCAGAGAAGGAUUUCCCAAGUAAAAUAUGGGCACACUUAGAGUCCCAUAAGAUCCUGAUGGUGAUGUCCUAUAUACCAAGUAUUUGCUGGAUAGUGGCUGACACUCUGAGGUACCUCUUACAGAAUGGCUGGCAGGAUAGCCUCCCCAGGACAUGCACUGAACUUUAUUCCCAUUUUUGCACCAUGAAGGCAGAAGCUGGAGAGCCAAGAGGCAGGGAGCCUGUAAAGAUGGAACAGCUCCAUGGGAGCAAUCGGAAGCUGCUGGGGAGUCUUGGACGUCUGGCAUUUUAUGGACUUCUCAAGCGCAAGUAUGCCUUUACUGAGCAAGACCUCAGGGCCUAUGGAGUAGAUUUGUCCACUCAGAGUAGUCUUGGCACUGGGAUUCUUGUACGUGAAGAUUCACCCAUCUGCACAGCCUACCGCUUCAUUCAUUUGACCGUGCAGGAGUUUCUGGCGGCUACAUUCUACCACAUUGCCUCCAAACGGGCCAUCUUUGAUUUGUUCUCUGAGAGUGCAAUGUCCUGGCCAAAGAUUGGCUUCCAGAACCACUUCAGGAGUGCCCUGCAGCACUCACAGCAAGCCGAAGAUGGUCACUUGGACUUGUUUAUGCGCUUCCUCACUGGCCUGCUUUGUCCAGUGGCAGCGAAGCCUCUUGUGGGACUCCUUGCUCUUGGGAAAGAUGAUGGUAGUCACAAGUCCUGGGCUGCAGGAUUCAUACAAGACCUCUUGUCCACCGGGGCCUCCGUAGUUUCCCUGCGCGCUGUCAACCUAGCUUACUGUCUGCAGGAAGUACACUAUACAGAACUGUUGCGGGUUAUAGAGGAAGAUUUACGAGUUGGAACCCUGGGUGGCAAGUUGACACAUGGUCAUUGUGUGGUGCUGGCCUAUCUUCUCCAUGUUUCCCCAGAGUGCAGCGAGGAAACCAACCUAUCUGCUUGUCUGAACUACACCACAGUUAAAUGUCUGCUCCCUCAGCUUCUAUUCUGCAACUCUCUCAGACUGGAGAAUAACAACUUCAAAGAUGAUGUCAUGGAAUUGUUGGGAAGCUUACUGAGUGCCAAAGACUGCCAUAUUCAGAGGAUAAGCUUGGCAGAGAAUGCCAUCGGCAACAAAGGCGCCAAAGCUCUUAGUCGAGCCCUCAUGGUCAACAGGACGCUAACCGCACUCGAUCUCCGUGGCAACAGCAUAGGUCCUAAAGGCGCCAAGUUCCUGGCAGAAGCCCUCAAGAUGAACCAAGCCCUUGUUUCAAUCAGCUUCCAGAACAACGCCAUUGAGGAGGAAGGUGCCCGGGCCCUCGCAGAGGUGCUGCAGUCAAACCGCAAGCUCGUCUCUCUGAACAUGCAGAAGAACUCCAUCAGGGCAGACGGAGGCAGGAGGAUCGCCGAGGCGCUGAAGAAGAACCGAACGCUCACGGAGCUGAUCCUCUGCAGUAACCAGCUCGGGGACACGGGAACAGUCGCUCUGGCCGAAGCCCUUUCUGUCAACCACACCCUCCUCUCUCUGCACCUGCAGAGUAACUCUAUCAGCAACAAGGGAAUGGCAGCCCUGACCAAAGCGCUGAGGCUGAACCGAGGCCUCAUCUCCUUAAACCUGCGAGAAAACUCCAUCUGCGUGGAAGGAGCGAAGAACAUGGCCGACGCCCUGCGAGAAAACACCUCCCUGCAGGAGCUUGAUCUCACAGCCAACCUGCUGCAUGAUGAGGGGGUUCAGGCCAUAGCAGGGGCAAUUAAGGUCAACCGAGCGCUAACCUCUUUACACCUGCAGUGGAAUUUCAUCACAUCCACGGCCACUAAAGUCUUGGCUCACGCUCUGCUGUCCAACUCUACUAUGCAACUCCUGGAUUUACAGGAGAAUGCUAUCGGUGAUGAAGGUGUCUGCUUCCUCGCUAAAGCCCUGAAGACCAACGCUUCUCUGCAGACCCUAUGCCUACAGGGUGUCUCAGCAGGUACAGCGGGUGCCACGGCGUUGGCAGAGGCUCUUAUGGUCAAUAAGACCCUACACACCUUGGACCUGUGUGGGAACUCGGUGGGAAUGGGUGGAGCGAAGGCGUUGGCCAAUGCCCUGAAGAACAACAGAAGCCUUAUAUCUCUGAACCUCAAGGAGAAUUCUUUAGGCAUGGAUGGAGCCAUAUUCAUCGCGAUAGCCUUGAAAGGAAACCAUCAGCUCACCUACAUCAACCUGCAGGGAAAUGGCAUCGGAGAAUCCGGGGCAAAAGUCAUAUCUGACACCAUCCGGGCCAACUGUUCAGACUGUAUGGUGAAGAUCUGACACCAGGGGGCGCUAAGUGGGCUUUAAGAAUAGCCAACUGCGUGUUUUAGAAGAAGAAACUAAGCUCAGUCGCGCUCGUGCCAUACUCAGUCAGUCUCAGUAAGGAUGAGAGGGGAGUAGAGGCCGCGUGACCCGAGGACUUGCUCCUCAGCACGCGGAAAUGAAACUUGAAUAUAAUGAUACUGUUUUUCUACCGAUAGAGCGCAGAAUUGAACUGACAAUAUUGCACUCUCACA